AUUUUUCGGUUAAACUACUUUCAAAGUGCGCUCCAUAAGUUAUUAUUUGCUAAUUUAUCAUCAUUACUGUUCUGGAUUACAAAGAUUUUUUUAUUAAUUGAGAAGUGACUGAUAUAUCUGUGUGUGUUAAGUCUAUGGUUGUAUAGAUAGCCUAAGAUAUUGGCUUAUGAACAAUAAUUGUUGAAGCUUUCAGAAGGAUAUAAUAGCUUCUUCAAUAUAAUUAGCGGACUAUAGAUUACUGAUACUAUUUUCAGUGUGUUCAAAGUGUUCAUUCAUAAAAAAAUAUAACACAACAGCGGGUAGAUAACACUUAAUUUAAGAGACAAUCCCAAGUGACUUUUUUUGUAAGAACUGAGUUGCUUUAAUUUAUAUGGUGACAUUUUACUGACAGAAUGGAGGUGCCUGUGUUUCUAGUUUGGAUUGUAUUGUGCAAUAUACAGCUUUCACUGGCUUCUUGGUGGUAUCUCGGUGUUCUCGGAACAUCCGCUAGUCUGUCACGUGACACACGCCAGACCUCGUCAGUUAGCGUGAACGAGAUGUGCAACAACUCCCCCUACCUGGAACCGAGACAACGCGAACUGUGUGCCAAGGAAAAGAGACUUAUCGAUGUGAUUAGUGCCGGGGCUUCCAUGGGUAUCGAGGAGUGUAAGCAUCAGUUCAGUGGGCGUCGCUGGAACUGUACUACUUUCAACAACACUGAUGUCUUCGGCAACGUCAUUAAAAUUAAGAGUCGUGAAACUGCCUACAUCUAUUCUAUUUCGUCCGCCGGGGUGAUGUACAGCGUGACUCGCGCAUGCGCUCAAGGUACACUGAUCGGUUGUGGGUGUGACGACAGCGUCCGCAAGCAGGGAACUGAGGGUAAAUUCGAGUGGGGUGGUUGUUCGGAGAACCUUCAGUACGGUGCCAAGUUUUCCGAGGAGUUCGUCGACUCUAAGGAACAGAUCCAGGACAGAAACGAGUUCGGUCUCAUGAAUCUAUGGAACAACAAAGCCGGUCGACUGAUUGCAAGGAAGCAGGUGGACCUUGUCUGCAAGUGUCACGGUGUCUCCGGGUCUUGUUCGGUGAAGAUCUGUUGGCGAAAAAUGCGUCCGUUUCGAGCCAUUGGUUCAGCUUUGAAGGAGAAAUUCGACGGUGCAAGUUUGAUGAAGAUUAACAAACGAGGAUCAAAGCUACGUCCAAUCAGCAAAGAUAUGAAACGCCCUACAAGGAAAGACUUAGUGUAUCUUGAAAAUUCUCCAGACUUCUGUGAGCCGAACCUUGCCUACGGGUCAUUGGGUACACGCGGACGCGAGUGUAAGAAAGACAGUUACGGGUUAGAUGGGUGUAAUCUUAUGUGUUGUGGUAGAGGAUAUUAUACAAUAGUGAAGGAAUUUACUGAAGACUGUGACUGUAAGUUUUUCUGGUGCUGUCGAGUCGAGUGUCAGAAGUGCCGGCACGUGAAGGAACUUCAUUAUUGUAAUUGAUCAGAUAAUGUUCUUACCCACAAUUCAUUGCUGUGAUAUAACGUGAACGUCAUUGACAAUGUGUGGAUAUAGGAAUAAUAAUACACCCAAUGUGCUUCUUAGUUUGUAAAAAAAAAAAAAACGAUAGAAUUGAGUGCUCUCUUCCAAUUGUGAUAUUCAGAUGGCGGAAGAAACUUUGUACGCAACCAUAACGGGUAUGGUGAUAUGACGAUAAAUUAUUCAUUGCAUAUCAACCUUUAAACGUGAAUCUGAGUGAAAUGGACGCUUUAAUAUUUUUAUAGACAAUAACGUGCACGAAACGAGAACAAUAUACAUGAAAAAUUGUGUUUCGACAUUGUGACACUUGUAUGACAUUAUGUUCUAGAGUGACUCAGCGUCUAUCAAAGGAUAAUAACUAGCCUAUGCCCCAAAAUAAUUAGGGCUUUAGUCUUUUAACAUGUCUAAAAUUAUAGGUUAGUUGUAAUAACAUUGUUAGUGUUUGUCAAAUGGCAUUUAUGAACACAUGUAGUGCUAUUUUAUUUUGAAAUGAACUGCAGCAUUUGUUAACACAAUAUAUGUUGUCCAUUUUGAAAUUUUCAUUAAUACAUAACUGGAUUAUGUAUGUAAAUUUGAUGUAAUUGUUGUUUAAUUUUGGUAGGACUGAUUCCUGACUUUUCUUUUUUUGAAAAUAAUAUUUUUUAUCUAGAAAUUCUUCCCAUAGAAGAAUAUUUAGUAACUUGGUAUUUGUAUUACAUUGUAUCUCUAGAAUCAGUAAAGAUAUCAAUCGAAAUAUAAUUUUUGACAACUCAGCAGAACUUCGCCUUUGUUUGGCCUUGAAAAUAUUUGAAAAUCUUUAAUAAAUUUUUAAGGAAUUAUUUCAAUCCUUCCAUUGCUUCACAUUUUACAGUAUUGCUUUAUACGAAGCAAUGACAAAAACCGAAUUUGAAUAAAUGGUUGUGUACUUAAGUAUUUUUUUUUUGUCCGGUUUAACAGGUUAACUCGGCCUAUAAUCCUUGGAAAUCAUUGUGUAAAACUUUUGCUGAUAUAAUUUUGUAGAAAGUUACAUUGCUUAGUCAUGAAACGUUCUGACCAUUAUAGUUCAAUACACGCAACCUAAGAAACGGGAGUAUUUAAGCUAUUUGCAUUCUAGAUUAUACUAUUGAUCUGUACAUUUCUUGUACUAAUAAAAUGUAUUGACAUAACUUUGAAUUUUUAAAACAGUAUUAUUUAAACAUUUAUUUAAUCAUUUUACUUGAACCUAGAGUUUAAGACUUUAAUAAAUUCGUAUUUAAGUACCAUUCAAUUUCUUUUGUAAUUGGGACUGUGCAUACUUAUUUAUACUUAUGAAUGACACACAAAAGCUGAAAAUUUUAAGUGUUAUUUUUUACUUUUAACACCCCUGUUUGAUUUUUGGCACUUAAUAGAAGAUACAAACGAGAAUACGAAAUGAGCAAUAUCAUUUUCUGAAAUGUUUUGAGAGAAAAUAUUCUUUUUCUUGUAAAAGCAGCUGGCAAAAUAUAGAACGCGCGUGGAACCUUUUGACAGCCCUGGAAAAAAGCUAUCAUAAUUGUUUGUUUUGGCACUAUUUGGUUAUCAGAUUUGACUGAUAAUGUUUUUCAAUCUAUGGUACAUUCAUACGAUUACUGGCAUAUUAAAAACCUCUUACAGCGAAAUAAUAUUUUUGUUAAUGAAUUGAUACCUUUUUUCAAAAGAACUGGCAGAUUUUCAGAUAGCCAUUUCAGUUAUAAGUAAGAAAAUUGUUGCCUCAGCGCGAAACGAGCCGAGAGACAUGUUUGCCAGCAGAAAUAUAUAUUUUCCUUAUGUGUAGAGUGAAAGUCAGACUGCCAAUUCAUGCGACAUAAAAAUAUCAAAAACUUACAACAGCAUGCCAAUUUUUAUGAUUCUGUCAGAGCGCGUGCGUGUGUCUGUUUUUUCGUUUUCGGUACCAAACAAAACAAUUUUAUACUCUAUAUACUUUAAGCUUCGUUUAAAGGUGCAAUAGUUUCGAUAAAAUUGUCGUCUGCGCAGACAUUUUGGCGGGAAAUUAAUAGGGAACAUGGUUUUUGAAGAACUUGUAGAAUAUAUGCCGAAAAUCGAAAAGCAGGAAGGGACUCACUCGACGAUCUGUACAUACCAGAUCAACUGUUUAGUUGUGAUACAUGGAAUUUUGAUCAUUAUUUGUUUAAAGAAUUAUAUAUUAAUUGUAUAUAUAUGCAUUUAAUUAUUAAUGUUUGUGUUAUUAUUACCAUAAUGGUAAUUUUGAACUUUCUUCCAUAUUAUAUAUAAUGAUAAAAUAAAUAUGACAUAAACCUGA